AUGUCUGAUUUAUCUUUACCUAUUUCUGGAUAUAACACCGAAAUUAGGUUAGACAAUCCCAUCAAUGUUGCUGUAUCUGAAAUCCACACAGCAGUGAACAAAAAAGAGAUGAUUAUAUUUGCUGGAGAGACUACUUCAUGGCGAUUGCGUUUUUGGCAGCGAAGCGGAGUAAAGACCCUGUCUGCCAAAACUAAUUACAGGUACAAUGGGAUGCCUAAUGGAUGCUGUGAUGAUGAUUUUCCCUGGGGCAAAACCUCUUCAAUACCGACUAACACAAAAGGCUUGUACGUAUGCCAUGCCGAAAUGAAUGCCAUAUUAAAUAAAAACUCUUCAGAUGUGAGAGAUUGUACAAUAUUUGUGGGUUUGUUUCCAUGUAACGAGUGUGCCAAAAUUAUUAUACAGAGUGGAAUCAAAGAGGUCGUUUAUCUAUCUGAUGAAAAGGCACACAAGUCAAGUUACCAAGCUUCCAAGAAAAUGUUCAAUGCUGCGGGUGUCAGAUAUUGGCAAUACACACCACAGAUAGACAAAAUUGUGAUCGACUUCACUAAACUUAAGCUUUCAGAUAGUCCAUCGAAAUUAGAAAUACAAAAAUUAACAAUAAAUGAUAAUUGCGCAGAUGUAAAUGUGAGUCUACAGCCGCUCCUAGCCGAAGAGUUGUGCUUGAGGGUGAGCACAAAUCAGGAGAAUAGUCUUGUUUGA